CAGCCACUCGCACUGAGAAGAAAACAGAUGAUAACAUCGUUCUCCACCAAAGCAGGGCUUUUAGAUCUUUUAGAUCUUGUUGCCAGCAGCCGUAAAGAUGGCAGGCCUGUGCUGGAUGGCUGUAACGCUGGGCUUGUUGCUGUCUGUUGGAAACAGUUCGGCUGAUUUUGAAAAACCAGACCAGAACCAACUUGCUCGAAUCGUUGAGAAGAUCUUGGCGGAUUAUACACCGAGGUACAAUGGCAAAAAGGGUGAAAGAUCCCCCAUGUUCAGUCUGGCUGUAAGCAUCCCUUACAACGGGAAAGAGUACGACAUCAGUCAAGUCAUUGCCUCCGACCCUCCUGAGGAAUUGCAGAAAACUAUUUUAAGAUGUGAAGUCUACAGAGGCACGAGGGUGGUUGCAGCCACACUUCUGAAAUGGCCAGAUGUUCUGGAGCAGUGUCCUGAUGAAAGAGUACAAUGGCCUCCUGUUCUUGAAAAAUGUCAACAAACUUCCAUGACAUGGGCUGAGGUCAAGAAUAGGUGUCCUAAUGCAGUUAAAAAGGGUACAGCUGAUCAUGCCGAGUACCGAACUCUGCAGGCCUUUAACACCUUAACAAAUAAUCUAGACAAAAACGAUUUCUUGCUUUUCUACGUUCUUUCUUCCCCAUGUGACCAAAGAUGCACAAGCGAAUCAAAUACCCUCAACAUUCUCGAUAGCAUAAAUAAGAUCAAGAAUUGGAAUAACUACGCUGUUGUGUUUUCCAAAGUAUUCAAGCCCAGAGGUGGUGCUGCCAUACCCACGGAGAACCUCAAAGGAUCGCUUGAGCGGCUUGGGAGUCCAAUUGGUUUGAAAAACAUAUACCGUUGCUACGGCCAAAACUCAGUGCAGUGCACAAGCUGCUCUAGCGGUAACCAAGUCACCCCCAACUGUUACACAGACGAGCCACAACCUGGUCCUAGCAGCAACUUGCCAUCCAAUUCACGCAUACUGCCUCAACGUGGCAGAAGCAAUUCCCCCUCACAAAGCAGUCAGGGCGAGAGAGACCAAAGAAACAACAACAUUAAUACGAGCAGAGGGGUUUCCACUAAUGUUGACGGCAAUCCAGGAGGGGUGGUGGGUCAGGGGGGCAGUGGAGGGGGCAAGCGCCGAAGAAGACGUGGCCGAGGCAAAAAAGGGAAAAAGACUAAUGAAGGUGAAGGAGUUUCCUCCUCACAAAGUGGCCUUGAGGUCCGUAAUACAGAUGUUGAGGGCAAUACAGGAGGAGGUCUGGGUGGAGCUGGCAGAGGCAAAGCCAGAAGGGUGGGUGGACGCAGAGUGGGGCAAGUACGACGACGUGGAGGGACAAACAAGCAGAAGAGCAACAAGGUACAGAGGAAGAAUAAAAGACAGAGCAGAGGAAACGCUGAAUGGAGCCAGGAGGCACAGGGGAGGCCUAGAAAGCAGAGUAGGAACAGGCAGAACGGUCAGCAGCCACAGAGGGGGGGAAAGCAGCGGGGCGGAGAAAUGAGGAGAAUUAACCAGCCGCAGAAGAGGAGGGGGAAAAAGAAGAGGCGUGGGUAAAGAAAGAGGAGUUAGCAGGAGGGCAGCGCAGGAUGAGCUUCAAAUCUAUAAAUCUAUUCAAACUGCCAUAACUCUUAAUAUGUGCACUUAGAAUAAAACUACUCUAAAUACAUGUUUAUGUGAAAACAAAAAUACAGGUUGCUUUGGAUUAAAGAGUCAAAUUAACUUAAAAUAUUGUGAUAAAUAAAUGCAGAGAUGUGAUGGUACUUCAAAAUAGAAGGCGACUGGCAACCUGACAGAAUUAAAGGGCCAUAACUCAGUGGGAGGGUCCGACUACGACCUAAAACGCACCAUUCAUCUUUGCACACUGGCCUACUACAUACUGAGUUUGAGGUCCAAAAAUCAUGUCUGCCAUCAGUGAGCUAAAUCAGCUAACUUGGGUAUUUCUGCUUCAUUAACAUGUUAGCCUCUUUGCGCAAGACUUUUUCCAGAUAACCAGCAGAUAUUUACAACAAGUUCCCCGAUUGGGUUGGAAACACUUGGCAGUCCUCAUAUCUUUGAUUAAAGUCAAUAGCUAAUAAAACAUAAAAUACUUUGAACAGUUUGUUUUCAAUACUGAUUAAUACUUUUUUAAUAUUAAAAACAGCUAAAGUGAUAGCAUGUAGGGGAGAGAGAUGUGUUAGAUUUCUGAAGUGAAUGCGUUAAAAAUAGAUUACUACUUCUGAAAAUAAUUUGCAUAAAAUGAGCAAAUGAGAUGAUAGUUGCAGGGAAGCAACUAGUGCAGCACCAAGAAGAGUCUUCAUGUAAUCGAACAUGAAAUGAAUCUCAUUUGUAUUUUUCUCGUACAGA